GUGGCUGAAGCGUGAUCUUCACCGACGAUUCCUCUUUCCCGACGAUCAAAUUCUCAGCACUUCACCGUCACCGUAAUCCACUCUUGCUUUAAUGGUUUCGUUCCACCUUCCCCUCUAUCUCCUUCUAUAUAAUAAAGCCAACCCUAAUUGAGACUAUGCAGAAACAUCUACAUCUAUCCGGCAUGAAAUACACCCGAGCCGAGAGUCUCCCCUCCCCACCACCAAGUCUCCCGUCGCCGUUCCUCUCUCCAAUUGAAAAUGACAGCUCACCCUCAUAUACAUGUCAGCAUCCAUGGCCACAAAAACCGUGAAACCUGUUGCGAUGCGUCUGCAUUUUUUUCUGUAAUUAGGAGAAAGGAAGCAAGAGCAGGAACGAUGUUUCAGUGUCAAGGUUUUGGUGAAAACCAGAAAGGAUCAAGUAUGUUUCAGUGUCUUGAUAGCAUUUGCUCCAAACAAUUCCAUAGGUUCUAAUCAUCUCAACCUAGAGAUUGCUAAGAUGAUCAGAGGUCACUGGCGACGAAGAAGCCUGCAAUUUUGUCAGAGUAUCCUAAGGCAUUGACCAUGAUUAGACAAAUUUUCAAGUAUUAUUAUGGAGCUGAUGUUAUUGUGGGCGUGACUAUGAUGACCGAAAUAUUGAAGCCAACUUUGACUUUGACUUUAUCAUGAAACAAGAUAGAUAAAGUGGGGAAGAUCAGAAGAAAAAGAGUGAGAGAGAUUGAGAAGCAGAAGGUGAGGUGAAGUGCGUUAAAGAAGCCUUUGAUUUAGUAGGCGUUAACGGAUCAUCGAGAACCCGAUUUAGGUAACGUUAUCAAGGCCAGCCCAAUAUGAAAGUUGCUUACCUGAGCCGAGAGUUCGAGGUUUCCAUGAGCAGGACUGUGAAGGAAGAGUUCAUGCGUGCUUUCAAGAAAGAGAUGGAGAUUACCGAGAAGCUGGAGAAAAAUCAGAAGGCUAUUCAACGGCCUUUUGAUGGUUUGGACCUUAUGGGGAGGUUAUUAGACGAGUUUGAUUUGUUGCAGAGACGGUCGCAAGCUGUGAACUUAGACACGGUCUAUGUUAAAGUUAGUAAGCUGAUACCAGGGUUAGGGUUUGUACCAGAGGAUGCUGAUAGGCUUAUGGCUUCAUUUAGCGGUGGAUGGCAAAUGAGAAUGUCACUCAGAAAUAUUCAGCUUCAGGAUCUGCUACUUGAUGAGCCUACAAACCAUUUGGAUCUUGAUACUAUUGAAGAUAUGCCUAUGAUUAUAAUCUCACACGAUAGAGCCUUCCCUGAUCAGUUGUGUACCAAAAUUGUGGAAGCCGAGAUGGCUGGUUGAAGGACAUACGAGGGCAACGACUGUCAGUAUGUGAUCUCAAAGGUAGAAUGAUUGAAACUCAGAUUGCAGCUUGGGAAAAACAGCAGAAAGAGAUUGAAUCAAUUAAGGACUUAAUAAGGCUUGGCGCGGGUUGAAACUUUGGAUGUGUUCAACAACUGCCGAAAAGAUUAGGUGGUUGAAAUGUUUCAAUGAUUUCCUAAGCACAACAGCUCCAGUAACAUGAUUAUAUGAUUCUAGCUCACGUUUCUUGCUGUGGAAGAGGGAAUCUUGCUAGAGAAUAUCUUCUUACCCAGACGUGAUGAGCUGCUUCCAUUUCAAGAAGAUAUCAAUGGCGGACUAAAGAACAAGUGUUGGUGUCUGAAAUAACAGAGAGAAAGUACUUGCAGAAAAAGUAAGCACAUUAGGUAAUAGACAGUUGAUGAGAAAGAGAAAAAGUGGGAAGGUUGAGUCGGGGAUCAAUGGCAAAGACACUACGGUUGAAGAAGAAGAAGCGGAGAAGACUGAUAUUAUCCUAGACGUAAUUUCCCGGUUGACAAUGAUGACAUGCAGUUUUAGUUUUCUAUCACCUCUUUGAGUUUUAUAUCGCCUCUUUGAGUUUUAUAUCACCUCUUUGUAUUGAUAUAAAUUAGUUUUUUCGUCUGUAAGGCUUGCUUAUUUGCAAAAGAGUUCCAUAGUUUAGUGUCCUAAUAAUAUCUUCCAUUAAUCUAA